GGCCUUGCUGUAAAAUUUCAUUGUCGUCCUCGCACUAGGGUUUCUCUCAUACUCUCAGUCUCAGAGCUUGAAUCAUCCGAAGAAUGGCGGAAUCGAUUUGCAGAAAUCUUCGAGACGGUGCAUUAGAAGGGGAACAUGCACCAGCUCUCUCAAUAAAGGAUUCGAUAGCCACACCUUUCGGUUCCGACGUCUUCAAUUACGUUUUAACCAAACUCUCUUCCAACAUUUUGGCUGGGAAAUCUCAAUCUCAAGGUAUCGUGCUUGUUGCGUUUUCUCGGAGUCCUUCUUUCUAUGUGGAUUUUCUGAAGACGAAUGGAAUUGACCUCGUUUCGGCGAAAAAAUGGAUUUCGAUUCUGGAUUGUUAUACAGAUCCUCUUGGUUGGAAGGAUUCCCUUAAAGGGCCUUUGGACACUAAGAAUUUCUCCUUAAAAGAUCCAAUUGAGGCUGUUCUUUUCAGACAUGUGAGGAAUCUGGAUUUAUUGUUAUCUGCCAUAAUUGAAAUGGGGGAAGCAUUGGCUGGGCAAGGAAAAGGGAGAUUCUCCGUUUCUAUAGAUUCGGUAACUGAGAUGUUUAGACAUGCAUCAUUGCCAUCAGUUGCAAACCUUUUAAGCAAAGUUCGCAGCCAUGAUCGAAUUUCUAGUACCUUUUGGUUGUUACAUUCAGACCUUCAUGAAAUCAGGGCCAUUGCUGCUCUCGAGUACCUGUCAUCUAUGGUUGGCAGUUUAGAACCAAUGAAUCUAUCUUUAAAUGGUCAAAGAGGUGAUUUGGAGAAGCUCUCUUUGCUUGAACAGAAUUCAAGGAAAGGAAAAUUUCAUGUGCGAUUUAAGCGUAGAAAUGGACGAGUUAGAGUAAUGUGUGAGGACUUUCAUAUCAAGCAAUCAGGCAUCAACUUUACACCAGUUUCUUCUGAAGAGGGAAUAAUAAAUCAAGGCCUUCUACCAAAGGUGCAGUUCAAUCUACAGCUGUCAGAGAAGGAGCGAAUUGAUAGGGCCAAGGUUGUACUUCCGUUUGAGCACCAAGGAAAUGGAGAACCCAUGCACAUUUAUGAUGGCCGAAGGUCACUUUCUGAGGGAAAAGAUGAGAAAGCAUCUGUAUUGACUGAGAAUUUGCAGACAAAUGAGGAUUCUGGAAAGGGUGAGAUAAUAUAUUUUCGUGACUCAGAUGAUGAGAUGCCAGAUUCUGAUGAGGAUCCUGAUGAUGAUUUGGAUAUAUAGCAAACACCGAGCAUUAUUUGUAAGCAUGCCUGGACCUGAAGUAUGGGUUUUCAUAUUUGGGUGCUUCAAUUCAAGUGGAAAAGUAAGCGCAAUUCAAAGAUGGGUUGGUGAUCAUGUUUGCUCAAGUCAGUUGAAUUACUCAAUGCGGAAUGCUGGUGCCAGGUGAAUUUUUGUUAGUUUGAGCGAGAUAGUUAAUAUUAGGGGAUACAUCUAGAAUCAGUUAUUAGCAAAGGUAUUGGAAGAGCUGUCCAGCCAUUUAUUAUAUGGCUUGACCUCUUGGCUCUUUUAACCAUGAACUUCCUCAUUAUGGUCAUUGAGGAAAUCGAUGAUCGAUUAUAGAUAUAUGCAUUUGUCAUUAGCAAAGCUGGCCCUAUAUCUUGUUAGAGACGUUAUUCUGUAGCUGAUCAGUACAUUAUAUUGAUGAGUGGAUUUCUCUAAAUUUAUGAUAUGGUAUGAAUGUUUACCGUUGCAGAAGGC